CUCCCUCUUCUUCUCUUCUCUUCUCUCUCGCCCAAAUUGCAGACAAAUUCUCCAUCCGUCAUCGCCUCUCCGAUUCACCCCUCUUCGCCAGCCGCCGCUGCUGUCGGAAUCACGUCGCCGCUGCUGUUGGAAUCGCGUCGCCGCUGCUCCAUCGUUGCCGCUGCUGCGCAGUCACCGCCGCUGCUGUCGUCGUUCGAUCCAGCCGGGGGAUGCCGCCGCCGGUGGUCGUGCAGCCGUCGCCGGGAGGAGCUGCUGCUGCCUUCGGGAAGAGGCUGCUGUUGCCGUCGGGAAGAGGCUGCUGUACAGAAGCCAGCCUCUGCGUCGUUGCUGCUGCUGUACCGGGAUCGAUAUCGCGAUGCCGCCCCGCGUACACCGCCGUCGCUGCCGGGAGGUGCCGCCUCCGGUCAGCCCCCGAUUCCGCCCCGAUUUCCUCCCCGAAGACGGCACAUACUGCACAGACCCCUCGUAAGUAUACCAUAGCUUUUGAGACGAGACGUCGGCGCGUGGAUAGAUUCUAUGCCUGCCGUAGGACGGCGGAGGAGAGCAUUGUGGAGUUUGUGGCACGCUUUUUGUCGCAUUGGCAUCAUUCUCAUCCCUACGGGGUGGGAGGGUACGAUGGCAUCGUGCUAUUGGGCGCUUUGCCCAAAGAGUGGAGCGAGUAGGCUCAGGCUACGGCCAAGCGAUUUUUCAGAUAGGUAUUCCACAAAAAAUCUAAAACACGGCAUGGCAAUCAUUCAUUUCAUGUCAAAGUAUUUAUCAUCAUCAGGAACAAAGCCCAAAAUAUUUUCAUGAACGGUACUUAAAAGAAAUCUCACCUCUUUCACU